CGUGUGAGUGUGUGUCAGGGCAUUGUGUGUGUGUGUGUGUGCGUGUGCGCGUGUGUGCAUGAGUGCGGGGCGUGCGGGGCUCCCGCGCUCCGCUCACGGCCGCCGCCGGGGAAGGACGGACGGACGGCGCCUUCCGCCUCGGCGAGCGGUGCCCCGGCACCUCGGCUCGGCCCGGGCGCGAGUGGGGCGCGCUCGGCCGGCCGCCGGCCUCCGGAAGGUCCCGCUGCGUGCCCCCCGGGCUGGAUAUGUUCAUGUUCACGUGAAGAUGGAUUUAGUGUACGGUCUCGUGUGGCUGCUGACAGUCCUCCUGGAGGGGAUCUCCGGCCAAGGAGUCUACGCUCCCCCAACGGUUCGUAUCGUGCAUUCAGGAUUGGCCUGUAACAUUGAGGAGGAGCGCUACUCGGAAAGGGUCUAUACCAUACGGGAAGGAGAAACCCUAGAACUGACCUGUCUGGUCACAGGACAUCCACGUCCACAGAUCAGGUGGACCAAAACAGCAGGAAGUGCCUCUGACAGAUUCCAAGACUCAAGUGUCUUCAAUGAGACUUUGAGGAUUACAAAUAUUCAGCGACACCAAGGAGGCCGGUAUUACUGUAAAGCAGAGAAUGGCUUGGGGUCCCCAGCGAUAAAGUCAAUCAGAGUGGAUGUAUACUAUUUGGAUGACCCAGUAGUAACUGUUCAUCAAAGUAUAGGUGAAGCUAAAGAACAAUUUUACUAUGAAAGAACAGUGUUCCUCCGGUGUGUUGCCAAUUCCAAUCCACCUGUUCGGUAUAGCUGGAGACGUGGCCAGGAGGUAUUACUCCAAGGAUCUGAUAAAGGAGUUGAGAUUUACGAACCCUUCUUUACCCAGGGUGAAACCAAGAUCUUAAAACUAAAGAAUCUUCGACCUCAGGACUAUGCUAAUUAUAGCUGCAUUGCUUCAGUGAGGAAUGUAUGUAAUAUUCCUGAUAAGAUGGUGUCAUUUAGACUUUCCAAUAAAACAGCAUCUCCGUCAAUUAAACUCUUGGUGGAUGACCCUAUAGUUGUAAAUCCUGGAGAGGCCAUAACAUUAGUGUGUGUUACAACAGGAGGAGAGCCUGCACCCACUCUCACUUGGGUCAGGUCCUUUGGGACUCUGCCUGAAAAGACUGUUUUGAAUGGAGGAACGUUGACCAUACCUGCCAUCACCUCAGAAGAUGCUGGUACUUACAGCUGCAUUGCCAAUAACAAUGUAGGAAACCCUGCAAAAAAGUCCACCAACAUCAUUGUGAGAGCAUUAAAAAAAGGACGAUUUUGGAUCACACCAGAUCCUUAUCACAAAGAUGACAACAUCCAGAUUGGGCGUGAGGUGAAAAUAUCUUGCCAAGUAGAAGCUGUUCCUUCUGAGGAGUUAACAUUUAGUUGGUUUAAAAAUGGUCGUCCAUUAAGAAGUUCUGAGAGAAUGGUUAUUACACAGACUGAUCCUGAUGUCUCUCCGGGAACGACAAACUUGGACAUCAUUGAUUUAAAAUUCACGGAUUUUGGGACAUACACAUGUGUAGCGUCUCUGAAGGGAGGAGGAAUAUCUGAUAUCAGUAUUGAUGUUAAUAUAUCCAGCAGCACAGUUCCACCCAAUCUGACUGUUCCACAGGAAAAAUCACCUCUGGUCACCAGAGAAGGGGACUCAAUAGAACUGCAGUGUCAAGUAACUGGAAAACCUAAGCCCAUCAUCCUCUGGUCUAGAGCGGAUAAAGAAGUGGCAAUGCCUGAUGGGUCAAUGCAAAUGGAGAGUUAUGACGGAACACUGAGGAUUGUGAAUGUAUCUAGAGAAAUGUCAGGAAUGUACAGAUGUCAAACCAGCCAAUACAAUGGAUUUAAUGUGAAACCAAGAGAAGCCUUGGUGCAGCUCAUUGUGCAGUAUCCUCCUGCUGUAGAACCAGCAUUCCUGGAGAUCCGGCAAGGACAAGACCGAAGUGUUACUAUGAGCUGCCGGGUCCUGAGAGCCUAUCCAAUACGGGUGCUGACCUAUGAAUGGCGCUUGGGCAAUAAAUUAUUACGGACGGGUCAGUUUGACUCUCAAGAGUACACAGAGUACCCAGUGAAGAGUCUUUCCAAUGAAAACUAUGGGGUUUAUAAUUGUAGCAUCAUAAAUGAGGCGGGAGCUGGGAGAUGCAGCUUUCUUGUUACAGGAAAGGCCUAUGCUCCAGAAUUCUAUUACGAUACCUACAAUCCUGUGUGGCAGAACAGACAUCGUGUUUAUUCUUACAGUCUUCAGUGGACACAAAUGAAUCCUGAUGCAGUAGAUCGGAUUGUUGCAUACCGGUUGGGUAUUAGGCAGGCUGGACAGCAGCGUUGGUGGGAACAAGAGAUUAAAAUAAAUGGAAAUAUUCAAAAAGGAGAACUAAUUACAUAUAACUUGACUGAGCUGAUUAAACCAGAAGCCUAUGAAGUCCGACUAACUCCUCUCACCAAAUUUGGUGAAGGAGAUUCAACAAUUCGCGUUAUUAAAUACAGUGCUCCUGUUAAUCCUCAUUUGAGAGAAUUUCACUGUGGAUUUGAAGAUGGUAACAUUUGUUUGUUUACCCAAGAUGACACAGAUAAUUUUGACUGGACAAAGCAAAGUACUGCAACAAGAAACACAAAAUAUACUCCAAACACAGGACCUAAUGCUGACCGUAGUGGCUCUAAAGAAGGUUUUUAUAUGUACAUUGAGACAUCUCGACCCAGGUUGGAAGGCGAAAAGGCUCGACUUCUCAGCCCUGUUUUCAGCAUAGCUCCUAAAAACCCUUAUGGCCCCACGAACACUGCAUAUUGUUUCAGCUUCUUUUAUCACAUGUAUGGACAACAUAUAGGUGUUCUAAAUGUUUAUCUGCGUUUGAAAGGGCAAACAACGAUAGAGAAUCCACUGUGGUCUUCAAGUGGGAAUAAAGGUCAACGGUGGAAUGAGGCUCAUGUUAAUAUAUAUCCAAUUACUUCAUUUCAGCUCAUUUUUGAAGGUAUUCGAGGUCCUGGCAUAGAAGGUGACAUUGCCAUUGAUGAUGUAUCAAUUGCAGAAGGAGAAUGUGCAAAACAAGACCUAACGACUAAGAAUUCUGUUGAUGGUGCUGUUGGAAUUUUAGUACAUCUAUGGCUUUUUCCAGUCAUCGUCCUCAUCUCUAUCUUAAGUCCUCGAAGGUGACCUUAUCCUGGCAGAGGCUAUAAAAGAUUCACCAGGCACUGGCAUGAAGAAAGAGUCUUUGUAAAUGGACAUUGAAAAAACAAACUACCAAAGAUUCCUCCACUGACUACUGACUCAAAAAUAAAAUAAUAAAAAUGAAUUUUUUAAGGCACUGGGGAUAAAAAGACAUCAUGGAAGUAUAACUUAUUCCAAACUGCAUAUAAAAGAUAAUCUUGACCUGAGUAGAGAAGAGACCUUCAGGUGCUUUUGUGGCUAAAAAGAUUACAGCGUCAUCUGGUCAUCUGGUUGAACUCUGGAAAAAAAAAAAAAAAAAAAAAAAAAAGCUAUAGAAAUCCUUGUCAAAGCACAAAGUCAUGGCUGGUUUUGUUUCAAAUGAAUAGUUUGCUUGUUACCAUGGAAACCUAAUGGCCUGCCAACAAAAACCUCACUGUAAACAGGGUACGUGAAGAGCUGGCAUUUAUUUUCCUUUCAAGAAGGUUUUACGUAGAGAAUUAAAUAAAUGUAGGCCCUUUUACCUUUGGUUGUUACCCUUCCUUGAAAAUAACCCGAACUCAGAAUUAUUUAAAACAUUCAUGCUCCUUCCCAACUGUCCCCAUCCCACCUUUAUUGUUAUUAUUUGUUUUCCUCCCAUGGCUAAGCUAGAUAACUAUAUGCUGUCUCUUUUUGCAUGCAUUACUAUCCAGGAUGGUAAACCUGGGCUUACAUAUUACACAGGCUUAUCGGAGUUUGCUUGCGGCCACUUGAACACCCAAACUAAGUCAUCUGUUCCAAUGAAGAAACCAAACCACCAUCUUUUAUAAAUUGCCAUGGAAACCAAGUGCCUUCAAUGAAACAAGCCUGAAUAAUUUUCAACUCAGAAGCUUGCACUGCUGAGAGUGGUUUGUGUAAAACUAUUUUAUAAACAAACUACAGAGCCGAAAUGUGCAAAUUACAGGCAACCCAACAAAAGCCGCUUCUGAAGAAAGGACCGGAGCUGCUGCGUAAGCCCAUGCAGACGAGAUAUUUGUUCUUUGACCUCCUAGACAGCCAUGGCCUUUCAGCUUAUUGUCCAUUAGAAAAUAACUUCCAUUGAGACCAGACAUGGGAGCAACACUUUUUUCUUCCAGGUUAUUAAAUGGGUCAACCAGAGCAAAAGGUUGUUAAGAUAAUACUUAGCGCAGAAGGUGGUAAAACACAAGAGUGAUUUUUUACUCUAACCUCCAUUUGAAAUGAAAUUGGCCCUAGCUUUAGAGGGAGCAAGAAAAUGUUUGUGAUUGCAGUGCAUACAAACUCUACAGCGGAACUGGGCCUGAAAAAUCUGGCUUUAUUCUAAACACUGAGGGUAAUAUGCCUCUGCCCUUUAGUCAGACUCUGUGCAAAUUGUGAAAUAUUAUUUUAUUAUUUUACCAAGAUUAAAAACACUUUUACAAAAAAACAAAAACCUGUAAAAAUGAUUUUGAGCUACCUGAGGACAAAUCAUACCUUUAACCAGCCAGUUUUCCAAUGCAUUGUAAAUUUCACUUAAACCUGUUGGCUAUGAAAAUUUGAAGAUCUUUUUCCUUAAAUUAUCUCAGCUUUUAACUUCAUUUAAAAAGACUUUUGUCUAAAGAAGAAGAUUAUUAUUAUUAUUAUUAAUUAUUAUUAUUAUUAUUAUUAUAUGUUCUUUCAACACCCCAGGAUUAAAAAAACUGAUUAUGCAAGUAAUUGGGAUAUAAGUAUUAAAUUAUAACAUUUGCAAAUAUUAAUAUAAAAAGCACAACAAAAUGUAGUGGAAAAAUGACAAAGCUUGAUUUUUAAAAGAAAAAAUUCUGUAGAAAUGUUUGUGCAAAUUCAGUAAUUCAACUUAAAAGAUAAUUUUACAGCUAUGUUCAAUAAAGCCUCUUUCCAGGUAAGGUAUGCAAAGCGGUAUGUGUGUUUGUUGAGCAAUGUUUACUUGUCACCAAAAUGAGACUAGUUAUACAAUUUAUUGGUUCUGUUACCAUGGGAUUAAUCUUCAGGGCUUCAUAAACUUUAAUGUCUGCAGGAUAGAAUUUAAUAGGAACCCCUGAUGCAUUCUUCCAUAUUUUUCAUACAUGUAACAACAACAAAAGUCAAACUUGUGAAAGUAAAAUAUGAAACAAAUGUGAACUUGGAAUUUAAUGCAUAUUUUCAUAGUUAAAGAGGGGACCAGUCGGAAUAUCUAGGCAGUGACAAAAUCAAGUUAAACCAAGUCCUUUAAGUUAAACAUACAUAACUAGUAAGCUUUAUAACUUAUCUGAACAAAUCAGAUAUAUUGAAAAUUUUCAAAAUUACAGUCAACCAUCUGUUUUAUCGAACCAAAGAGAUUAAACAAUAUUUGGGGCACUUAGCUAAUUAUUUACUAAUUUUCCUUCACCUUGGCUUCCAUUUUGUGUGGCACCUAACUUCUUCUCUACCCUCUUAUUAGUGGAUCAUCCUUCCUAAUUGAUUUUCUACACACUCGUCGCUGGUAAUAUUAAUAAAAUUGUUUUCAUCUAAAGAGAGGCUUAGUUCAUUUCUGCCUUCUUCCCUUAUCUUGAAUUUGAUUUGAGAGAGACUUUUGCAAAAAACUAAAAAGAAAAUCUAUAUUUAGAAUAUUUGGAUAGACAUUUGUCGUUUCCAGGAAAAUAAUCCUUUUCUCCUUAGUAACCCUGCAUACAGAAAUUGUUGUAAGUGAAAGUUUUAAUCCUCUACAAGACACUCAUGAAACAAUAAAGUCUUUCUAUAACCUUUCACGCAGUAAGGAAUACACAAGCUUCAGAAGUUCCUGAGAACUGGCUGGUACUUCAAAAAUUAAUUUUGAUUAAAUUUUUGAAAAAUUGCAGAUGAAUGCCAAGAACAAAGGGGUAAUCAGAGGAACAGCAAAACAAUCAGAUUUAUUGAUAUGAUAAUAAAUUAGAAUAGCUGUCUCAAGUGGGUUCUGGAUGACUUAUAUAAACCAACAAUCUUAGAAUCUGACUCAAUGUUUUUCACUCCAGAUCAAAUGUUUAGUUGCUUUAAUUUAAUGAAAAUGAAUUUUGAAAAAAAAAAAGAAAGAAAAUGAAUUUUGAAAAGGGAAAUUUUAAAAGGUUGGGGUAAGUGAAAUGUAAACUGUGUUAAGUAAUCUCCUGUUUAACAUUAGUUAUAAUCAUGAUGACUUUCAAGGACUUAUAACUGCCUUUCUUUUCCUAAUAUUUCUUGUAUUUAUUAUGAGUUGAACUCACCAAUAUAUUUCCCCUUUUCCUUUUUGAUAACAUUUUGAGUGUAUUGAUGCCCUUUUUACUGUUGUUGCUUUUCUUCAUAGGAAGGCAUCAGGCAAUGGAGCUUUUAAUUCUCUGGGAGAAAGAUUAUACCAUGUAAUCUCCUAGUGUCAGUAAUUGAUCCGAUUAAUUAGGAGCUUACUGUGUUACAAAGAUGCUUAUUCUUCCACAUUUUAACAUCUGUGCAACUGGACCUAUUUUAAUUCCAAUUGGUAGCAUUUCUGUGUAGUGAUAUAUAAAAUAAAAGUGCAUAUUAAAGCUGAUGACAUCUUAGAUAUGUUGAAAUUCACCAAAUUCACUAAAGUCUCCAGAAGAGCCAAAUCGUGCCCAAUAUCAUUCCUUUUCAACAAUCUCAAAAGAGAAAAUGAUGCUUUAUCAUAUUUGUAGGACACUUAUAUUAAAUACUCAUUGCCUAUGCAUUAUUCAAAAAUAACAUAACUUCUAUUUUGUGCUUUAAAAAAAUCUGAGUCUUCUCUUACAUACAUUAUAUACAUACCUAGCCCUGUUGUCAUUUUUUUCCUGCUACCUAUUUUUAGUUCCAUCAUGAAUUACAAUAUGCUAUAUAUCCCUGGUUUGAAAUGUUUUCUUGUUUUGUAUGAUUCAUAGUAUUUAGUCAGAAGUUUGGCCUGCCAUUAAAUUUUCUUUAAGAGAUUUGAAAGAUGCAUGGUACACUACAAUGUCAUACAAUAGGCUAAAUUAAUGGUACUUCCUUUCACAUAUAUCACAGAAUUGACUUUGGCAUGGCAAUGAAUUGUGAUAAUUAUAAUCAGAAUUAAAAAGCAGCUAGUCAGUUACAUCAUGUUACAAAUAGUAAAAAUAAUCCCACUCUUUUAUAUUUUAAAAUAUGACAAAAUAUGAAUGACAACUGUACUAACUUUUGACCAAACAUGCAUUUUUAUUUUAAGACUUUAUAAUAAACUUACUUGUCAAAAUGCAUAACUUGAAGAACAAUUAAUUAAUUCAGUUCUAUACCUAAGACUGUAUGAAACUGGCUUUGGUAUUUUUCAUGACCUAUUUUGUCUGAUUUGAUUAGUGAUUUGAAAGAUGAUGACAGACUAAGAUGAUUUUGAUAGAGUGAUUUUCAAAGGAUUCUUUUGAAUGAGAUUUAUUUAACAACCACAAAACAAACGAAACUUUUUUUUAAUGUGCCUUUCAAAGAUCAGGGCCUCAUAACAGCAUUUAAACUGGAAAAAAAUUCACUUCAAAUUCAUUUCCAUCUUGGUUGAUGCCUACUUUUUACAAAUUGCUUUGCCUCCAUCUCAACGAAGCAGAAAGUAUAUACUCUUCUUGCAACUGGGUAGUUGAUAUCAAUGAGGAGUUACUGCAUUUUCUGUGAAAACAAUAAAAUCAUAGGGUUCAAUCCCAUGCUAUUUCCUUUCAUACAACAUUCCUUUUGUGUCUACCAGUUUAAUUCAUUUUCUUAGUGCUUAUUUUUAAAAAGCUGUCUCUGACACUUUUUUACUUUAACUUAGGAGAAAAGCUACCAUGAAUGAACAGAACUUUUUUUCAAAUCUGAUAUUAAAAAGCUUUCUGCUGAGUAUCCAUAAUAUUUACAAAUAUACAUUAUUACAUAGAAAAAGUAGGGCUCGAAGAUUUGAAAUUUUAAUGGACCAAUUGUCAGUUCACAAUCAAUCCAUUACAUGUUUGUGUCUGCUUAGGAACAACUAAAAGUUAGGGAGAUUUAACUAUUCCACAUAUUUCUAUAUGGACUACCUAAUUGGCAUUUUUAGAAUAAAAGUUAAUAAAAUAUGAGUCAUGAGUUCACCACCCUGAACCCACAUUGAGUAUAUUUAGAUUAAGGGAUUGGUAUUCAAAAUUUUGAGCCAGAUAGAGGCUAAACUCUGGGUAGAAAUGAAAUAGUUUUCUUAAGAGAAUAUUUACAACUGAAUGAAUUUAAUUUUGACUGUUCUAAUUUUCCAUGAGUUGAGUUAAAAAAUAUUCUUAUUUUUCAAUAAAGUGAUGAGAAAGUCUAUGAAAUAGGGAUUAGCUUGUUAGUUUCAGUUUGUUUUCGUAUGGGUCUUCACUGUUGUCCUGGAUUCCCAGGAUAUCAUUUUUAUUUCUUGAAUCUCAUCAGUAUAUUUAAAUGUAUAAGUUUAAUCAAAUAUAUGUUGUCUUGAAUUUAUAUUGAAUGUUAGUUACAUUUUAGAUCUCAAAGUUUAGAUUUAACUUACUUUUCAUUUUGAUAUUUUACUUCUGCUAACUAGUGUCAGAUAGCUGUAUGUCAUUUUCCCUUGGAUUUUCUUUCAAUAAAUGCAAUUAUGUUAAACAAUCUAUUAGUGUUUUGGGGAAAUUUCUGCUGUCAAUAAGCACUUAAGUUAGAAACAAAAAGCUAUUUAGAAUGGCAAUUAUAUUUGCAAAUUAAGAUGAAAAUGCCAUCAUUUCUUUCACUAUUAAAAAGCUUUUAUAGACUCAACACUGCAGUGAAGCACAAUUAGCCCAUUAAAGUUAUGUGUUGAUUCUUAACAUCCUUUGUGAGGAAUAAUUUGUAAGAGACUGUGUUAAACAAGUAGGCAUUAAAAAAGUCUUCCUGAAUGAACUGUGAUUUAAGAAUUACAGUUCAAUUUAGUAACUCUGGGCUUCGGCAUGAUAGGUUAAAUAUUGACCAAGGGUUACAGCGCUCAUGUUCUCUAGGAAGAUGGUUUCAGCCACAUAUUCCUUGGGGGCACUCUGUAGGCUUCAUGUGUUUCUUCUGAGGGAAACGAAUAAUAGUGCUUGACAAUGAUUUGUGUGAACCAAAGUAUAAAUGGAAUCCUAACAAUUAACUUGCACAGCUUAAUUUCCUCUCAACCUUUGGUAUUGUAUUUCUAAGUGUAUCUAUGAAAUUUUAGAAAAGUGAAUACAAUUAUCAUUAGCAGACCCAUUAAUUGUCUUUAAAAGUCAACCCCUAACUGUGUAUUAAAAUACUGUUUAUUCUUUAUAAGCUAUUUGGUUUAAUAGCAAGUUAGGGAUCUUACCCAUCUUUUGUUUUCCUAUGGUACUAUGUUCCUUUAAUGGAUUCUUUAGUUGUCUGAAUAUCUGCUCCCCAACUGAUAUUGUAACCUACUCCAGGACAAGAACUGUGUCUUUUAACAAGUUUAAGUACUUCCAAUUUAUCUAGGUUCUAUGGAGAUUAUUGGAUUAAUGAUGAUUGAAUUAAUCCACAAUUUAGAGCUAAGUUUAGUAUAAAACUUAUUCAAUGAACCUAGGAAUUAAGCAACAGUGUCACCUUUCAGUGGUAAAAUCAAUGAAAUUUCACAGACAGAAGAGGUCUCCUGUGUAUGAGAAAAAUGAGAAGUAAAGGCAACUGAAAUACCAAUGUAAUUGCAACACAAAUUCCUGGCACUUCUUAGUUUAACGGAAAGUGAAUAUAUUUCUUAAUAAAAGGGCAAAUGUUGUCAGUGUUUUUGCAAACAAAAUUACUAUGUGGUUAAACUAAGGAAAAUGAAAUUAAUUCUGCAUGUUUUGUGUCACAUGCCAUCACUAUACGUGAGACUAAUACUACAUAGGAUCUCUGCUUUCAACCAAAAUAUAUUAAUUAUACAAUAUUAUGCUUAAUUUUAUAUUAGAUAGAUCAUGAGCUCUAGCUAAAUUUAAUAGCUCCUUUCUAGAGUUUGUUGCAGUAUAUGUUUCUUGAGAUCCAAUCAUCCACUGAACUCAAAUAAAUUAUAUUUAAACAACCAAAUAUUUAUAAGAAUUAUAUGAUAAUUGAAAUAUAAGAUAAAAUUUUAAAGAUAAGACAUUUAUUUAGUUCUGGGAAUAUUUUAUGUAGCAUCAGCUAUAUUCUUAUAUAUGGAACAAGUAAUGGUAAAUUAAUUUUCAAAUUUGGGAAUUGUGUUGAACAGAGGUAACUAAUUUUUGUUAUUUUAAUUGUUUCUGUUUUGAAUUAUAUGUUUUAAUUUCCAAAAUUAACACCAUCCAAUAGGCCAAUGAGCCCCAAAUAAAAGGUGAUACAGUGUUAGUACAUGGCAACUACAUAAUGAUUGUUAAGUAAGUGACUGUAUAAUUUUUUAAUGAAAUAAACUUGCACCUUUCCUUUCUCA